UGGACAAAUUUCAGUUGUGUUUUUGUACAGUGUGUUUAUUCUCGACGCUGAGCCAAACUUCUUUGUUGAGAUACUCAGCAGCUUUUGAUGAUCAAAGAGGAGUUUUCUUCUGAGCAGAAGAACCAAAGUCUCAGUUUGGAUCAGCAGGACCUAAAGACAAUUCACAUUAAAGAGGAACAGGAAGAAGCUGAUAUCACAGAGCUCACAUUCAGUUCUGUCCAUGUGAAGAGUGAAGAUAAUGAAGAGGAAACUUGGUUCUCAGAGCUUCAUCUCAACCAGGCUGCAGAGAACAGGAGCUAUUUAGGGCAAGAAUCAGAUCAACGUUUAGAAACAGACCUCGAAGACAAACCUUCAGAUUUUUCAGAGACAGAUGUCAGUGAUGGGAACUGGGAGGAAAGCAGUAAAUCUCAGUCAGCUUUAAAACCCGUCAGAAAUAACAAAGCUCCUGUAGGUGAUGCAAGAUCUGAGAGUGGUAAGCAGAUUUACAGAUGCACUGAAUGUGGGAAAAAAUUCAACCACAAUUUGUAUUUGUUAAGACACAAAAUAAUCCACGCUAGAGAGAAACCUUUCAGCUGCUCUGUCUGCAAAGCAGCUUUUACAAGGAAACAUUCUUUGAUGCAGCACAUAAGGUCACACACUGGAGAGAAACCUUUCAGUUGCUCCCUUUGUGGUCAAACGUUUUCUAGGAAGAACAGUCUAACUACUCACUUGAGACGUCACGCUAAAACACCUCAUUGCUGCUCACUUUGUAACAAAACUUUUCAGUGUAAAAUGAAUUUAAUGAAGCACAAAACAACCCACUCUGCAGAGAGGCAUUACAGCUGCCCUACCUGUGGCCAAAGCUUUAGUCGCAACUAUGGUCUAACUUGUCACAUGAGACUUCAUACAGGAGAGAAACCUUUCAGCUGUUCUAUCUGCCAUGCAACUUUUAAAUGGAAACAAAGUCUUGUACAACACACAAGGACCCACACUGGAGAAAGACCUUACAAUUGCUCAAUCUGUGGCCAAAGCUUCAUUUGCAAGUAUGGUCUAACAUGUCACAUGAGACUUCACACUGGAGAGAAACCAUUCAGUUGUUCCAUCUGUCACGCUGCUUUCAAAUGGAAGCAUAGCCUCGCAAAACACUCAGCAACUCACCGUGGAGAAAAACAUUUUAGCUGCUCCGUUUGCAAGGUGGUGUUUGAACGGGAACAGGACUUUGUGGAACACACAAGUAUUCAUGCAGAUGUCCAGAAGCUGUUAGUGACUAAAGAGGAGAUUCCCUGUGAGCAGAAGAAUCAGAGUCCUAGACUGGACCAGGAGUCCCCAGACCAUAAACAGCAACUAGCGGGGACUAUUACAGAGUCCAGAUCUGUUCCUCUAAAGAGCAACGUCCACCAGCUUUUGAUGAUCAAAAAGGAGUUUCCUUCUGAGCAGCAGAACUGGAGUCCUAGUUUGGACCAGGAGCAUCAAAAGCCAUCACAAAUUAAAGAUGAACCAGAUGAGGUUGAUAUUGUAGAGGUUAUAUUCAGCCCUAUUCCUGUCAAAAUAGAAGACGAAAAAGGGAAAAUUCAGACCUCUGAGUUUUAUUUCAGCAAGACUGUGGAGAACAGAGGCUCUUUAUAA